GCCCGGAGCCUUCUUCUCGCCGCGUUUCGUUUACUUGCGCGCUUUUAAUAGUACUCCCUCUUUGAUUUGUCACUGGAAUUUGCGUCGUACCUGAAACGCGGUGACGUCAUCGUGCCGGUAGUACGCGCAGUCGAGAUUUUUCUUCCAUUUCUUGUUGAUGAUGAUGCUGUGGUGACAGAUAUCCGCAAAAAUUCGCUUUAAAAUUUCCAAAAAACCAAAAAGUAGAAAAUACUCAUUCGAAAUCUGUCAAAAUCGCUCCGCUACCGGAAACACUCGAUCUAACUACCAUGGACAAUCCGGACUCGCCCGAUUCGUUGGCGAGCGAUCAGCUCACCGUGGAUUUGCUCAGUCCUAGAUCCAAAAGGCGCAGGAUCAUUAUAAUUAACGACAACGAUGAAAAUCCGGAAGAAAGUCACACACCUGACGUCACUAAGAACAAUAACAAUGACGUCGGGUUCGUGUUGAUGGAGGACGAGGGACAAGAAAAUGGCACUGAAGAUGAUGACGAGGAUCGAUUAACAGCCAGCGGUCACGGUUCCUUAGCGCUAAGCGGCGGCUCGCCCGGUUACGGAGCGGGAGCCUCAGGCGCGGGCGGCCGAGGGGCGGCGGGCAGUCUCCAUCACGCAGCGGCCGCUGCCAUGCAACACCAGCUGCCGCAACCCGAUUUUCAGCCGCCCUAUUUCCCGCCGCCCUUCCAUCAUGCCGCCCCCAGUCCGCCACCUCAACAACACUUGGAGUACCUGGCCGAUCCUUAUGGUGGCUUAUCAGGGUUGCAUCACUAUAAUCAGUUGGGAUUGAGGAGGGAAGGUGAUCCAAAUCAUGCGCAUGUGGGUCAGCUCAGUCAUGGUGCCAGUUUCCCCUACAGCGCCCCCGGUGGCGGUAGGCCAGACUACAGCGGAAUACCCCAAAGGCACGAUGAUCCUCUUUCCUUACAUCAAGCUUUGGGACAAGCUGUGGAAGACGCUCAAGCGGGUAUCGACGAUAAUACAGGGUUUAUUACAGAUUUACCGUUACUUAAAGGUAUGAAAGGAGGUAAAGACCACUCAGGAGCAGGCGCAAUGGUAUCGCCCAGUGACGUCUUUUGUUCUGUACCAGGUCGAUUAUCUCUACUGUCAUCAACGUCAAAAUAUAAAGUCACCGUAGGCGAAGUCCAAAGAAGGUUAUCACCUCCAGAGUGCCUCAACGCCUCAUUACUGGGCGGAGUAUUAAGGAGAGCGAAGAGCAAAAACGGUGGGAGAAUACUCAGGGAAAAAUUAGAGAAAAUAGGUCUUAAUUUGCCUGCGGGGAGGAGGAAAGCAGCUAACGUUACACUGUUGACUUCUCUAGUGGAAGGUGAAGCAAUCCACCUCGCCAGAGACUUCGGUUACGUAUGCGAAACCGAAUUUCCAGCACGGCAAGUGGCAGAGUACCUGCUCCGUCAACACGGCGAAACGCCUCGACGAAAAGAACUCCUCCAAGCCACCAAACAAGUAACGAAAGAACUCAUGGACCUGUUAAAUCAAGACAGAUCGCCACUGUGCAAUACACGACCGCAAAUUUUAUUGGAUCCCUCUAUACAGCGUCACCUCACGCAUUUUUCGCUAAUCAGUCACGGAUUCGGCAGUCCGGCGAUAGUGGCGGCGCUGACGGCGAUUCAAAAUUUUCUCGGCGAGAGUCUGAAACAUUUGGACAAAGUUUUUCCGAAUCAGAACUCGCAACAGGGGCAACCGGGUAUGCUAGUGACGUCGUCGUUGGACAAAGGGAAACUGGACGAUAAGAAUAAGUGAUGUUGUGCGCAAAUGUGUUGUGAUCUGAGGAAGGUGUUUGCGUUCGAAACGUAGACGCGGACUAGAGAAAGAAGGAGAAUCGUUUUUUUGUUUUGUUUUUUCUUUUUUUUUAAUGAAGCUCACGGUAGAAAGUUGUCAGUGUAAGUAAAUGAUGGGAUUGAUAGGAACUACUUCAAAAAUAAUCAAUUUGACAAAGUGAUUGUAUUUUUUUCAAAGAAAAAUUGUAAAAGUUGCAACGGUGUUUGUGUAAUCUACCUAUAAGAACAUUUUUCAAUACAUUAGUGUUUGAAAUGCUCUACUACAUUGAAUUUUCAAAUUGUAUCCUUCCUUACCAAGUCAAGUUUUUUUGGUAAAUUUUUUGUAUUGUAGGAAAUACAUUUCCAUAUCAAUUUGGCAACGUAUACAGAGUGUCACACGACGACAUAGCAAUAAUGUAGAUGGAGAGCAGCAUCCAAAACUUACGGUAUAAUGGUAGCAACAUUCUAACUCGCACAAAAAAAAAACUUGUUCGGAAGUAUAUCUUUCUGGGGACCACUCGAAUAGAAUAGGCCCCUUGCAUCAAAUUUUUUAUUGCUGAUUUCGAUAGUCAAUGAAAAAUAAGUCAACACUUGUUUUUUCUUUUUCUUGUUAGUCAAAAAUUGACGGAUAUACAACGCUUUGGAAUGUCCUUCCGACGUCAUAACUUAGGUAUAAUACGUUGUGAGUUGUGACGUCGCACAUGCUCAGUAUAUCUAUAUAUAAAAAACUUAAUAUUUGUAUAACUUCUGGAAUAAUCAUAUUUGGGCGGAAUUUCCUGCAGUUUGCAAUAAACAAUAAUCAAUUUAAUUUUCCAUGCAAGUACCCUAUUCCAUUAUUGUGAACCCAGCCUACUAUGCUAUACUACUACUACUAUCACUUUUAUUUGAGCUGACCAGAAUAAAUCUGGACCACUUUACUCCUACUGCGUUUGUCUGUUAAAACACAAAGGCAACGUCGCAACUUUGAUGAAUUACAGGUAUUAGUUUAAGUUUACAACUCCACCAGCUAUAUAAGUAUCAAAGUUUUUUUAUGCCCAAACUGCUCCAAUUGAAAAUUGGCAAUUACUCAUUAUUGUCCAUAAUCCUAUCAUCAAAACAGACAAAAAUAGCCAUAUCCAAUGUACCAUAUCAUAUAAGAUUAAAAUGUCUAUUCUAUCGUGAGCCUGUAGGACGUUUUUCGAUUGUUGAAUAAGUAUUUUUUUGUAAUUUGUUUUUGUACUUGAUACUUACUACUUGUAUAUUUGCCGAUAUCAGAUCUAUUUUUCUGAAUACUGUGCCAAUGCCGAUAAAUGUAUUAUAAGAUAUUUAAAUUAAUAAUUAUUCUACGUGAAAACUUGGGUAAAGAAUAAAUUAUGACAUUAAACAAAUCCUUGCAUACAGGGUGUUGAUAUUUUAUUUCAAAUUCCAAAUCCAAAAAUUCUAAACAAGAUGUUGAUCCCUAUUUAUUGACGUUACCGAUUGGUUGAUUUAAUGCGCUCCAAGUAUAUUCCCA